AAGCCCAGAGCACCGCGCCGCGCACUCGCACCGAGCCGACCGCCGCGCGCCGCAAGGCGGGGAGAGGGAGGGGAUCGAUGGGGAGCAGCGGGGGCAGCAGCGACUACUUCCUGCGCCAGCUGAGCUCCAGCGACGGCGGCAGCGCGCCGGCGCCGGCGCCGCGCCAGCCGGAGGAAUGGGAGUGCGGCGGCGGCACCGGCAGGCGCGGGUCGAGGAGGUGGUCGAGGAAGAAGGCGAGGGCGAGAGGCCACCGGCGGGGCGGGGGCGGCGGGUUCUGCGGCGCCCCGGAGGAGGCCGCGGCGACGGGGAGGAAGCGGGUGAUGGUGGUGGUGGACCAGAGCUCCGGGGCCAAGCACGCCAUGAUGUGGGCGCUCACCCACGUCGCCAACCGGGGGGACUUCCUCACGCUGCUCCACAUCCUGCCUCGCGGCGGCGGCGCCCGCGGCGAGGACGCCGCCGCGCUUGCCAACUCCCUCGGCUCCCUCUGCAAGGCCUGCAAGCCCGAGGUGGAGGUGGAGGCGCUUGUGAUCCAGGGGCCCAUGCUGGCCACCGUCCUCAGCCAGGUGAAGAAGCUGGAGGCGUCCGUGCUCGUGCUCAGCCAAAGCAAGCCGUCCCCUUUCUGCUGCUUCCUGCGGAGCCGCGGCGAGGUGCUGGCGGAGGAGUGCAUCAGCAGGGCGGAGUGCCUGACGCUGGCGGUGCGGCGGCAGAGCAAGGGCGUCGGCGGCUACCUCGUCAGCACCCGGUGGCAGAAGAACUUCUGGCUCCUGGCUUGACGCUCGUUCACUCACACCAAGAGCCUCCCUGGAUGAUUUUACCGCCGAUCGAGAGGCUAAAAUAAGUGAUCACUGCAACAAUGACCCUCCGGUACUCCUUGUAUGUUUGUUUCUGUGCGUGUGUUUUUCUCUCUUUCUCUGUGUGCGUGUGUUGUCAUUCCUUGGUUAAUUAAUUAGCAAUAACCCUCACUUCGCUGAUGUAAAGCCAAAAGCUGACCCGCUUCAUGUAACAUAUCUGUGCUCUGCGUGUAUGUUUGUUUGUUUGUUGA